UGACAGUUGGCAGCGAGGCGGGGGAUUGUGAACCCUCCGAGCACUGCAGCAGAGCACCGCGACCCCAGACAGGAGCAGCGCAACUCAGCGUGGAAAGUUGAUCUACACCGACAGAGGCGCCGGGGGACAGUUCUGGAGGACCGUCCGUCCCCCCAGCGUUGUCCAGGCCCGACAUGAAGAGCCCUGCAGGCCCGGGUCACUGAUCAACUGAGGUCAAAGUGCAAGCACUCGUUCCGGGAGUCAUGGCUGACAGAGAGGUGCUUCCUAUUGCCCCGGGCCAGGUCUACAUUGAGGUGGAGUACGACUAUGAGUACAAAGCCAAAGACAAGAUGGUGACCAUCCGACAGGGAGAGUGCUACAUGCUAGUGAAGAAGACCAACGAGGACUGGUGGCAGGUGAAGAAGGAGGAGGGCGCUAAGGCCUUUUACGUACCGGCACAGUAUGUGAGGGAGGUUCGUCGGGCCCUCAUGCCUCCGCAGAAGCCGGCUGUGCGGGCCAAGCCGACGGUUCUGGAUAUUUGCAGGGCGUCUUCGAACGAAAACCUCAACAGACCACCGCUGGAAAUGUCCAGCUUUGGCCGCCCCUCUCCCUCUUCCACCCCGUCGCCUUCCUCGGAUCGCGUCACACCUCCCGCUCUGUCCAAGGAUGGCAACCACAAUUUGGGAAGUCCCCAUCACUGUAAAGUCGUAGCUGAACUGGUCCUGCUUCACAACAACAACAAUCAUCACCUCAGCAACAAUUCCACUUUGCCUCGAUUGCGAGCCGACUCGCCGCCGCUAAAAGUCGGCAGCAACCACCACAACAACAAAAGGCCAGAUGGAGACAAGACCUCUUCGCCGUGCGACUUACCACGAAAUGGUCUCCAUAAGCUACGCAAUGACUCGGAGUCUGGAGACGAAUUGAGUAGCAGCUCAACAGAACACAUGCAGACGACGUCACCUACAGGUCAAGGCCGGUCCGACUCGCCCGUCUACACAAACCUCCAGGAGCUGAAGAUCUCUCAGUCCAACCUGCCGCCUGUUCCCUCCGGCUCCCCACUGCACAUCCUCGGCGACUGGGAGACACACAAAGACCUGAGCGGCAGACACUUCUACUACAACCGGGCCACCGGCGAGCGGACGUGGAAGCCACCUCGGACCCGAGACAACGGAGGCAGCACCAGCAGCAACCGGGCGGACAGCCAAGGCACCGUCGACAGUGAGCCGCUCUCCUCCGAGGAAAACUGCCACAGCACCCACUCCAGUCAGUCCGACAGCCAGUAUGGAUCGCCCCCUAGAGGCUGGUCGGAGGAACUCGACGAGCACGGCCACACGCUCUUUGUCUCAGAAUACACGCAGGAGAAGUGGAUAAAGCACGUGGACGAACAAGGCCGGCCGUACUACUACAGCGCUGAUGGAUCCAGGUCCGAGUGGGAGCUGCCUAAAUACAACGUCUCCCCUCAGUCGGACGAGGUUCCCAAGAGUCGCAGCCUGGAGAGGAAGCAGCCGGAGCCCAUCGUCCUCACCAAGUGGAGGCACAGCACAUACGUUCUCGACCUCAACGACAAGGAGGCCCAGAAGCAGAGCUCUCCGGACUCUGACUCCUGCCCGUCGUCUCCUAAACUUCCCCUGACCCCUUCGGAGAAGUGCGGAGUUCUAAAUGUCACUAAGAUCACAGAGAACGGGAAGAAAGUCAGGAAGAACUGGGCCUCGGCGUGGACGGUGCUCCAGGGCUCCUCGCUGCUCUUCGCCAAGGGUCAGGGUGCGAGCACCAGCUGGAAGUUCGGCGGCAACCAGUCCAAGCCGGAGUUCACGGUGGAUCUGCGCGGGGGCUCGGUGGACUGGGCCUCCAAGGACAAGUCCAGCAAGAAGCACGUGAUCGAGCUGAAGACCCGGCAGGGAACCGAGCUGCUGAUUCAGUCAGAGAUCGACAGCGUCAUCAACGACUGGUACCGAGCCCUCACAGAGGCCAUCAACACACAUGUUUGGGAGUCAGAUGAGGCUAUCGAGGAGGACAUGCCUGACUCACCUGGAGCAGAGAAACAAGACAAAGAGAAGGAUCCCAGAGACUCAAAGAAAAACCGAACGAUGAAGACCUCGGUGAGCAUGGACGCGUCGGACCAGAAGAAGACCAGAUUGAAGCUGAAGAAGUUCCUGACCCGUCGACCCACCUAUCAGGCGGUCCGGGACAAAGGCUACAUCAAAGAUCAGGUGUUCGGCUGCAGUCUGACCAGCCUGUGCCAGCGGGAGAACACCACGGUGCCAAACUUCGUCAGGAUGUGUAUCGACCACGUGGAGAACACUGGUCUGAGUGUGGACGGGCUCUACCGAGUCAGCGGGAACCUGGCGGUGAUCCAGAAGCUCCGCUUUGCUGUCAACCACGAUGAGAAGCUGGACCUGAACGACAGCAAGUGGGAGGACAUCCACGUCACCACCGGAGCACUGAAGAUGUUCUUCAGAGAGCUGCCGGAGCCUCUCUUCACCUACAGCUCCUUUGAGGACUUUGUGAACGCCAUCAAGUGUUCGGACUACAAGCAGAGAGUGAAUUCGAUCCGAGACUUGAUCAAGAAGUUGCCAAAACCCAACCAGGAGACGAUGCAGGUCCUCUUUAAACACCUGCGCAGGGUGAUCGAGCACGGCGAGGCCAACCGCAUGACCACGCAGAGCGUCGCCAUCGUGUUCGGACCCACGCUGCUGCGGCCCGAGACAGAGACGGGCAACAUCGCCAUCCACAUGGUCUACCAGAACCAGAUCGUGGAGCUGAUCCUGCUGGAGUACGAGAGCGUGUUCGGCAGGUAGAGGCGGCGGCGGCGGCUGGUCUCCUCCUCCUCCUCUUCUCUCUGACUGUGGACCAAACGCUCAUGACAGUUUACACAAGCAUGGCAUUGCACUUAAUAGUUCUGCGGGUGGAUUCACUGGACGUGACUUCUGCCCUCUGCUGGAGCAUUCUCAGCCUCACUGGACCCCUGCAGGUCAUCUUCAAGCCUUUUUUGCGCCCUCUUGUGGAGAUCGUGUGCAACUACUGUGGUGUUGAAGGUGACUGAGCGGAACUGGAUCUCUGUGGUGUGUGAAGCCCCGCCCCCUUCUCCCCACCCCCGUGUGGUUCUGGGCUCUGUGGGAAACAUAAUCAGUGUUGUCUUUUUGCACUUGAACGAACUGGAGUUACGGAUGGUGUGUCACCCCCACCCCCCGCCCCCCAUAUCGACCAGUGUUAACCCUUCCAACCUGUGCGUGUGUGAGUCAGCUACAUGAAAUUAAAGCGAGCGUCGUCGUUCAAACUGUGUCGUGUCGUCCGACGGUGUCCACGCUGCAGCUCCGCACCCGUAGAUUCACGCGGCUCCACGAAUAUUUACUAGUAUUUCAGCGUGACUUGAAGUGUGUUUGGAUGAAACGUGGAUGAAACUUGUCAGAUCAGUUGUACAGCAACGGAAGCUAGUUGUUAACGUGUUCUAGAUGUGAAUAGAUGGUGAAAACUCUUUGUAAAUUUCAAUGACACAUUUGUGAAGAUGAACAGAGACUGUUACACGUGUGUAUCGAGGGUUUCGGCUGCACAUUCGAAUGUAACUUUCAGGCUGUUGGUGAGAAAUAAAGACAAACUAAA